AUGGUAGGUGAUCGGAAUGCGCCCCGACGUGGGCGCGAAAAGACUACUACGAGCAGGAUAUCUAAUGUUGAGAUUGAUGGAUCAAGCAUCGCUCUUCCUGUGGUAGGCUGUGGCCAAUCAAUAGUCCUUCCACUGGUCUAUUUACUACGCUGGAAGAAGGCGAGCGAGCGUCUUGAGGACCUCCAUGUCAUCAAGCACGAGCGUUCCCAUACAGCCAUUCCCGUCCUACGUUGCAAUGCAAAGCCCCACACAGCACCCGCUUACGGAUCUCCUUGGCAGGAGUAUUUGAAGUCGGUGCUCUUCUUGUCUGCCAUGUCGGCAAAAGGCGUCUGGGCGCUCGAUCUACUCGUCGUCGACCUUGGAACCCUCCGCGGCGCUCUCCUCGGCGGCGAAGUUCAUCUGGUCGGCGGCGGCCCUGCGCUUCCCCAUGUUGCGUCGAACGAGCAGGAAGCCUAUGAGGAAGAGGAAGGAGUCGAAGAGGACAUAGGGACAGGUGUGGGCCGAGAAUCCCCCCUCCAGUAG